GAAGUACUUGCUAUCUCUUACCUUCAUGGAUGCCACCUGCGGCCUAAGAAGAAGUAGAUGCUUUGAAGAGCGAGUGCCAUGGUUUCCUGAGAUGCCUGUAAAUCAACACAGACGACCUGAACUAAUUCUUUUGCAAGCAGGCGACAGGAUGCUUGGCUGGAUCGAGAGAGUGGUGCCUCACCCUCCUGGGGCCCCUCACCAGCCACCCCUAGUGGAGAACGGAGACAAAAAUGCAGAACCCAGGGUGAUAACUGUCGCACCCAGGCCUGGAGGGGCAGAGCAGCUGCCAAAAGGAAACUCCACAUGUCCAGGAAAAUCUUCCAACUGCGGUCAGAUAGAGGGGGCAGGGAAGAAAGUGACAUUCAUCACAGCCCAGGAGCCAGGCCCAUCAUCAGUGUCUUCAGCUGAAAGUGCUGGGAGGGGUGUACUUUCAUGGCUGUCUCAGGAGCUGGGGAAGGUAGUCCCUCAGCCAGCCCACAAUCCAGGGAUGCUGCAGACCGUUGGAAAGAGCUUCGAGAACAGUUUGGACUACCCUGAUCAGACUGAAGUCCAGAGCAUAAAGGAAGAUGACGACCUACUAGAGAUAACAACCCUCGCUCCAGAUGAGGAUGAGCUUCAGGAUCAUAGCGAGUUGCAUUCCAGCUCAGAUAAUAAUGCCUCAGAAAAAGGGACUGGCAGCAGGGUGAUUAGCUGGCUGGUGCAGGGAUUUGGGAAAAUGAUCCCGCAGCCGGAAAACAUGAACAAGCUUGAGGAUGUAAAGGAGGGAAAAUCUGAAGAGGCAACCGUAAGAGAAGCAGAAAGGAAAGUGAGUAAGACCAGGACAGCACUAAAGGGAAGCUCUCAAGCAAGUCACAGCGUAUCGGGAACCUCACAGCAGGCAUCUACAGACAGCCUGGUGGGACUCGGCUCAUCUCUCUUUCCUCAGACGCUGGGGGGUGACAGUGGCAGGGUGUUCAAGUGGUUUGUUCAGGGAAUGGAGAAGGUGAUUCCACAGCCUCUGGCCAGAGUGAAGCAAGAUGCUCAGGCUGCAGAAGUUGGAACCUUGUGCCCAGUGGAAGAGAUCUGUGUCCUCCCUGAGGGGCAGGUGGAUCUUGUGAUGGAAGAGGUAGAUACUAACUGGGAUAACGAAGCCAGAGAAGAAGUGAUGCACUGGGACAACGAGGCCGAAUUUACAGUGUAUGCUCCUCCCAGCCACUCCCGGAGAGAGGAAAUUCAGGAAGAAGAAAAGAGGUUGCACUUAUCAUGUUCCCAGAAAGGUAAUGAGGAGGAAGAAACAAAGAUUGCAGGUGGCGAGCUGGAUGAGUGUGCCUGGGCAGCCGCUGGCCCGGGUUUUGAGCAGCUAGAAGAAGACCAGGGGGCUGCUCCCAAAGGCCCUUUGCUACAGGCUCCUAGCAUCAUGUCCAAGCAAACCAGAGACGUUGAGUUAGAUCACCUGGUGCAUGACCAGCCGCUUGACCGCAGGAGCUCCUCCCCUUCCUUCCAAGGCACCGUAGAGCAGCUACCCAAUGUUCCCAGCUACCGAUUCUCCACCGCCUCCCACAUCCCAGUCCUCAUCUCCAAAAAGCAAAAGUCUGGUGUGGUGAACCCCAGUUUUUUGAAUGAGGAAUGGUCCCCUGCUCAUCCUUUAGAGCCAUCAUCCAGUAGAUAUCCCACUGUAAACAUCAAGGAUGUCGACGCCAAAAGCAGCUCUGCAGGGGUGCAAAAACACGACCUCCGUCUGCCCCCGCCCUCCCGGAAUAAUUCCCACACUCUCACGGUACCAGGCGUGCCUGUGGCUCCGAAGAGGAGGAAGCUACGCUCCCAGGAGGACAGCAUAGACGAUUUAAUUGUGCCAUCCCCAGCUAAGUCUCCAGUCAGAGCCUCGCCUGGCCGGUCCAACCUACAGAGAAAAGACUUGCCAAAGCGAGUAGGUUCAGCAACAAGCCAGAACAGUUCAACAAUCAACGACCGGCUGCAGGAGCUGGUGAGGCUCUUUAAAGACAGGACUGAGAAAGUGAAAGAGAAACUGAUUGACCCAGAUACUACCUCUGAUGAUGAGACCCCUGUGGCAUCUCCUUCCAAGAAAACCUCUCCAGAACCAGUACCACCACCAGAACGCAAAGAGACAGAAGCCGAAGUGGAGGAACAUUACUGUGAGAUGCUGUGCUGCAAAUUCAGAUGCCGCCCCUGUUUGAGCCAUGUGAGAAAGUACCGGUUCCCGAGCAGCAUAGACCCUCUCACCAAUUUGAUGUAUGUGCUGUGGCUGUUCUUUGUUGUUCUGGCCUGGAAUUGGAACUGCUGGCUGAUUCCAGUACGCUGGGCCUUUCCAUACCAGAUGCCUGAAAACCUCCAUUGGUGGCUACUUGUAGACUAUCUCUGCGACCUCAUCUACUUUCUGGACAUCACUGUCUUUCAGGUCCGCCUGCAGUUUGUCCAAGGAGGAGACAUAAUCACUGAUAAAAAGGCCAUGCGACAGAACUACCUGAAAUCCCAACGCUUCAAGAUGGACGUGUUCUGCCUUCUUCCCCUGGAUUUCUUUUACUUCAAAGUUGGCGUAAAUUCUCUCUUGCGGUUGCCUCGCUGUUUUAAGUACAUGGCCUUCUUUGAGUUUAAUGACCGGCUUGAAGCUAUCCUGAGCAAGGCUUAUGUCUACAGAGUGAUAAGGACCACAGCCUAUUUACUCUUCAGCUUACACGUGAACUCAUGCCUGUAUUACUGGGCAUCAUCGUACCAGGGACUGGGUUCUACCAUAUGGGUCUAUAACGGGGAGGGAAACAGUUAUAUCCGCUGCUAUUACUGGGCUGUCAAGACGCUAAUUACUAUUGGAGGACUGCCUGACCCUCAAACUCUGUUUGAGAUACUCUUCCAGCUUCUGAACUACUUCACAGGGGUCUUUGCUUUCUCUGUCAUGAUCGGCCAAAUGAGAGAUGUAGUUGGUGCGGCUACUGCAGGACAAACUUAUUAUCGGAGUUGCAUGGACAGUACCAUUAAAUACAUGAAUUUCUACAAAAUCCCCAAAUCCGUUCAGAAUCGGGUCAAAACCUGGUAUGAAUACACUUGGCAUUCACAAGGCAUGUUAGACGAAUCCGAGCUGAUGGGGCAGCUGCCAGACAAGAUGAGGCUGGAUAUUGCUAUUGAUGUCAACUACGACAUAGUCAGCAAGGUGGCGCUCUUUCAGGGCUGUGACAGGCAGAUGAUUUUCGACAUGUUGAAGAGGCUCCGAUCUGUUGUUUACUUACCUAAUGAUUAUGUGUGUAAGAAGGGGGAAAUUGGCCGAGAGAUGUACAUUAUACAAGCUGGACAGGUGCAGGUGCUUGGAGGACCUGAUGGCAAAACUGUGCUUGUGACUCUGAAAGCUGGAUCUGUGUUUGGAGAAAUAAGCUUGUUGGCAGUGGGAGGUGGAAAUCGUCGCACAGCAAAUGUUGUGGCUCAUGGAUUUACUAACCUUUUCAUCUUGGAGAAGAAGGACUUGAAUGAAAUUUUGGUGCAUUAUCCAGAAUCUCAGAAGCUGCUGCGUAAGAAGGCGAGGAAAAUGCUGAAAAAUAACAAUAAACCCAAAGAAGAAAAAGGCAUGCCAAAAGAUACGCUUAUCAUUCCUCCAAGACCUGGGACACCUAAACUCUUUCAAGCUGCCCUGGUAGCUGCAGGAAAGAUGGGAGGCAAAGGAAAGCUUGCCCAUAUCAGAUGGAAAUUGAAAGAGCUGAAAGCAAUGCAAGCUAUGCAGGAGCCCAAAUCCACUCCAGUUCUGCUGAAAUUACCAGUUCGCCAUCAUUCAUUUAAAGCACCCUGCAAAUCAAGUGACCACACUGAUGAGGAGGAUAUCAUCUCAAAAUCUUCAGAUAAUUCAGUCUCUAUUCGCUUGAGUCCUGCCCCACAAAGCAACGAACAGAUUCUUUCUGUGGAGGUUUCAGAAAAGGAAGAAAAGAAAUGAAAAGCAAACAACCCCCUGUCCUUCUUAGAAAGCCACUGCCAUGAGUUUCAGCCAGACAACUGCAUCCUAUAGAAGCUUUUACUGGCUACCGAUUUCUGUGCGAUGGCUAGUAGCGUCGCUCACUAAGCCAACUUGAUAUUCUCUGUCUUUCUUGGGUACUUAGACCACAAGACCGCUGUUGAUAAGGAUCUUUGCCAUAGGGCCUAGAACUGUACAAAGCUUCUGCACUUUGGAAGUCCAACAUUUAUUGAACUCCUUUAUAAACAUUCCCACUAAAUACCCGGCCAACCCUCUUGCCUCCAAAUCCAGCCUUACAGUGAAGGAGCCCUGCAGUAACGAAUACUGGCUUUUUACAGUUCUGAAGGGUUAGUGUCUGUUUUUAUCAGAUAUCAGUGCAGCCCCUUCUGAAGGUUGCAGUUGUUUUCGCCCCUAAAUGUGACUCGUAAUUUACUAAAAACAAACAGAAGAAAAGCCAAGAUUCCUGUCCAUUGGUUGCAAAGUUGUCAUAGGCGAUGCUGUGUAAGACGCGGAAAUGAUGGAAAAACCGAUGUGGUUCUAAAGAACAGCAAAGAAAAUUAGCAUAACUGAUAGCCUGAAAGACAGGACUUCUCCCGAGUUCCAAAUUCCGAGAUACGCAAACAAGCGUGUAAUUUCUUUCAAUGGGGUGUGUGUGUGUGUCACCAUAUGAACAUAGCUUGGUUUCAUAGGCUUAUCAACAUUUUUAACAUCAUCUUUGCAAUUCCUUUGUUGGAUCUCAGACCCUCUGCCUCUAAGGAAGCAGGCUACUGCUUUGCACAAUGCUUGUUAUUGUAAUACUGUGCUUGUCAUCUCUUUGGUUCAGUGCUCAGCCAAUAGAAAGUACUGUGAUUGAUCUUUUGGUUUAGUGUCUGAACCAAGAAAUUUCAUUUGGGUUGCACGAAACAUUUCUCUUCUUCUUUGCGUAAAGAAGAAAUAAGGUGUUUGCUACAUGGGGCAGUCCCAAAAUGUAUUAAAAUAUAAGUUCACUCAUUCAACAAAUACUCAUGCGCUAAUUAGUAGUGCAGACCUCACAAGCUUAUGUAUGGCAAGGCCAUGCUGCUAAAUGAGUAGGAUACCACUGUAAGAAUUACAUGCAUGUGUACACUGUACAUUUAUCACUUGUAAGAUCUUCUUUUACAGGGAAAGUUUGGAUAUGAAAUUACUGACCUUUACCUUACACCUUCUUCACAAUUUACUAUCAUGCAUACAAGUUUUCUCCCUCCCAAGAAUGAUUGUCGGAGAAGCUAUGUGGGCUUCUCUGGGGGCAGAAAUACAUGUCAAUGCUGAUUAGCAGCAUCUUGAUUUCUCUUAAGUAUUCUUACAGACUGCAGCACGUUUAAGGAACUCAGAUAUGUUACAAGUAAAGCUGAAGUCACCACUGCUCUUAACACUGCAAGGUAAAAGCUUGAGUUUUGAUAAGAGUAUUGAAACUUCCCUGAAUAUUUCUUAUCCCAUGAAGAUUUGCACAUUAUUUAGUUUCCUACAUUUUGGUGGGUAGUGUAUAGUAUUUUUUCACUAUAUAAACAUUUAAAAAGUAAAAAAAUCUGUGCAAAAAUUGUAGGUGAAAAUGUGGUUUUGAUUCCUGGGUAUAUUUUGAUAUGGUUUGUAAGGGUAGUUUAAAUGAAUAAUAUGCCUUCUGCUGCAGUGGCUUUCAUAUUCCAAAGCAUUUUCAUUAAACUUUUAGAUUAUUGUU